CAGAAACAACUGAAAUGGAUGAGGUUUUGUUCAACAGAAAUUUGUCGAAAAAUUCCUCGGUGGGUUGCUCUUCUCGUAUUUAUUACUGCAGAAGCACAGAAGGAGUUCCAUUCAAUUGGGAAAAGCAGCCAGGAACACCCAGGAAUCCACCUAAAGCAGAAGCAAUUGCACCACUAACACCUCCUCCGGCAGUGAUCAGCUUAGGACUACCCAAGCCAUGCAUUGAUGUUCAACAAUCUAAGCCUCAAACAAGGCCAAGGCUUAGAUUUUGGAGAAAAAGCAAGAAAAAUAAAAACAGCAAGAAUAUUACUGUCGCUAAUAAUGUUGAUGGGGGAUCAGAUAAGUUUGAUAUGUUCGACUUCUGUAGCUCCGAUUCUGAAUACAUGGCAUCAACUUCACCACGGAACUCAAGCUCUUCAUCCUCAUCUUCGCUGUCGUUCUCAAAAGGUCGACUCUCUAGGGAGUGGUCAAGUUUGCGGAGUACUCCAGCAAGGGAGUCCUUCAGUAGUAACGCUGCUGCUCAUUUCAGCUGUAGUCCUUGGAAUUUUAGCUCUGUUCUGAUUAGCAUUGCAAGGCGAGUUUGA